GGCGACUUUUAGCCCCAGUGGUGGGGAAAUCAUCUCUGGAGUAGCAGCAAUAGCAUUUAACAGCCACGGCGGCAACGGCAGAGAGCGCGCAUAACAUGGUGGAAUUCAGUGGAGUUCUACCAUAACUUAACGACGAAUAGCUAUGCAGUUCGUUGCGUGUGAGCAACCCAUAGGUACCAUCGUCUCGGGUGUUCCUAUUGAUUUACGUCCUCCUUUACGCCCGGCAUAAUAUUCUUUAGCUUUGCAACUUCUGUUUAUUUAUCGAUAUACACGUGCUUUUUUUUACACGAGUUUUUUUUUUUUUUUUCGUAUAUGAGGAAAAGAUGAAGGGAUCAAAGAAGAUGGUGUUUAUCAGCAUCGUGUGCUACUGCUUUGUAUUCAUUCCGCUGAUUUCGUGUGAACAGAAGCCGUUGAUAUUGAAUGUAUCAAAGGAAAAAAUAAAGGAAAUCGGUGAUGAAGUUGAAUUCAAUUGUACGGUGCAAAAUACUCAAGAUUAUCCAGUAUUAUGGAUAAAGUUCGAUAAAGAUCGACUUGACCGUGCACCUCUUUCCAGUAAUACUUUCAUGAUUGUAAGAGACAAAAGAAUUUCUGUAAAUUUUGAUUCCAUAACUUCUACUUACUCUCUUAAGAUCAAAGAUUUGCAAGAAGCUGAUACAGGGUUUUACCAAUGUCAGAUACUUAUUACUGUAGCAGAAAAAGUAUCCGCCGAUGUAGAACUUCAAAUACGUAGGCCACCGAUGAUAAGUCGCAAUACAACGCGGCUCAUAAACGUUACCGAAGGAAAACAAAUUGAGCUUCGAUGUAACGCUGAUGGGUUUCCCGUGCCUCGUAUAUCUUGGAAGAGAGAAAAUGAUAUUCUUCUACCAUCUGGUGGAGCCAUUUACCGUGGGAACGUGCUGAUAAUAGCAAAUGCGCACAGGGACGAUCGUGGCGUUUAUCACUGUAUUGCCGAGAACGGUGUAGGUGCCGAGGCUCGGGCUAAUGCCACUGUGAACAUAGACUUUGCCCCUGUAAUUACAGCAAUAAGACCGCGCGUAGGUCAAGCGCAAGGAUAUGACGUUGGUCUUGAAUGUAAAGUUGAGGCCCAUCCCCGACCGGUCAUCACCUGGCUUAAAAAUGACCUUGAGCUGAAGCGGGAGGAGUCAACGGCGCAUACCGACGAAUUUAUCGAUACGUAUCAACGAUAUUCCGUGGGUUCGUUCGAUUACGGCGAAUAUGUGUGCAGAGCCCAGAAUAAAUAUGGCGUCGCAGAAACUAAGGUCGAACUUUUCGAAACUGCCAUUCCAGUAUGUGCGAGUUCCUGUGGUUAAAACGAAUAUAAUUGAAAUGUAAAUACUAUAGCGAUACUUAUACUAAAUAAUGCAUAAAUAU